CCCGGCCAGCUUCGCAUCCUCUGCGGCGGCGGCUUCCGCCCAUCGUAGCUGCCCUGCCGGAGGAAACCGAAGAAGGCGCAAGCCAUGGAGGGGAACCGGGAUGAGGCGGAGAAAUGUGUCGAGAUCGCCCGGGAGGCCCUGAACGCUGGCAACCGCGAGAAGGCCCAGCGCUUCCUACAGAAGGCCGAGAAGCUCUACCCACUGCCCUCGGCCCGCGCACUAUUGGAAAUAAUUAUGAAAAAUGGAAGCACGGCUGGAAAUGGCCCUCGUUGCCGAAAACCAUCAGGUAGUGGUGAUCAAAGCAAGCCUAAUUGCACAAAGGACAGCACAUCUGGUAGUGGUGAAAGUGGAAAAGGCUAUACCAAAGACCAAGUAGAUGGAGUUCUCAGCAUAAACAAAUGUAAAAAUUACUAUGAAGUACUUGGAGUUACGAAAGAUGCUGGUGAUGAAGAUUUGAAAAAAGCUUAUAGAAAGCUUGCUUUGAAGUUUCAUCCAGACAAAAACCAUGCACCUGGAGCAACAGAUGCUUUUAAAAAGAUUGGAAAUGCUUAUGCUGUUUUAAGCAAUCCGGAGAAACGAAAACAGUAUGACCUCACAGGCAAUGAAGAACAAGCUUUUAAUCACCAAAACAAUGGCAAAUUUAAUUUCCAUAGAGGUUGUGAAGCUGAUAUAACUCCAGAAGACUUGUUUAAUAUAUUUUUUGGUGGUGGAUUUCCUUCAGGUAGUGUACAUUCAUUUUCAAAUGGGCGAGCUGGUUAUAGCCAUCAACAUCAGCAUCGACAUAGUGGACAUGAAAGAGAAGAAGAAAGAGGAGAUGGAGGUUUUUCUGUGUUUAUCCAGCUGAUGCCCAUUAUUGUAUUGAUCCUCGUGUCAUUAUUAAGCCAGUUGAUGGUCUCUAAUCCUCCUUAUUCCUUAUAUCCCAGAUCUGGAUCAGGGCAAACUAUUAAAAUGCAGACGGAAAACUUGGGUGUUGUUUAUUAUGUCAACAAGGACUUUAAAAAUGAGUAUAAAGGAAUGUUACUACAAAAGGUAGAAAAGAGUGUGGAAGAAGAUUAUGUGACUAAUAUUCGAAAUAAUUGCUGGAAAGAAAGGCAACAGAAAACAGAUAUGCAACACGCAGCAAAAGUAUACCGUGAUGAUCGACUCCGAAGAAAGGCAGAUGCCUUAAGCAUGGACAACUGUAAAGAACUGGAGCGGUUGACCAGUAUUUAUAAAGGAGGAUGAACUGGAAUUUUUAUUUACACCUUUUAGUGUACUCUUUCUUUUUUCUGUAAGUAAGUUUAGUUUCAUCAUGAGAGCUGAAGAAAAAGAUUUGAUAUUAAAAACUACUGAAUGGUUGGUUCCUGGAAUCUUGGACUGUUUAUGACCUACUGGCUCCUUUAAAUAGUGAAAAUUGAAAACUAAAAUUAACAUUUUAGUUAUGCUUCUACAACUAUUUUCAUUUUAAAAGCUUAUAUGAUUUCUAACUAAAAACGUCUUGAGAAAGGAUUAUCACACCUUUAGCAAUUUCCACCUUUAGUGUUUCUCCAUUUUUACCCUUAUCAUGUAAAUAUUUAUGGAAUGACCAUUUUGUGUAUAUACAGAUUAUUGCCCUUUUAUUUAAAUUCUUUUAGAUUUUAGCUCCAUGAGACACUUCAGUUUAAAUUGAUAGGAUAAAUGUCAUAUGAAACAAUUACAUUUUCCUUGUCAGGUGUUGAAUAUGUGCAGUUUAAAUAAUGAAACUUUUUUCAGAAAGAAAAGAAAACAAAAACUGUUUAACUUUGUGUAAAUCUUAUAGCAUUAUUAGCUUAGAGAGAAUUGAUAUUUUUAAUAUUGCCAUUAUAUUCCAGAAUACAUAUAUAUUGAGAUAAAUGGACUGGUGUACAGUAUCAUUUUGCUAUUUAGUUUUAUGAAUUUCCAAGCCAUGCGUAGAUAUGAAAUGCUAUACUGAUAGAUUUUGAAGAAAAUAUGAGGAAAUGACUAUAAAUAUUAAAAGGAUCUUCAACAGUACAUUGCAGUUAUGCUAUUUGCAAUUUCAAUCAUUAAAAGGCCCCCAAAUGUUUAUUUAUGUGUCUUAGAAGGCUGCUAAAAUUUAUGAAGAAGAGGACCCACCUAAUUUCCCCCCUUGGAAAUUUGCAGUUUCUUAGUGAUCAUUUAAGCAGGAUGCAAAAGUAAAUGGAUUCUUCUACAAAUAAGUAAUAAGAAAAAAUUAUUACUAAAAUAUAGCUUCGUGCCUUUAACCCUAUUGCCAUCUCUUAAACAUAUAAGUAGAUUACAUUACACUUUUUUGAUCAGAGCAUGAUCUGCUUAGCCACAUGUGACAGUGAGCAGAUACACAGCAGCAGGUAGAAUAGUGAUUUAUAGCAAGUCAUCCUUAAAAAAUUCUGAGCUAAAAUCUAUUCAUCACCGAGUAAUUCAAUUAAUCCUAUAGGAAUAAGCUCCUUUUUAUUAAAUCCAUAAUAUAAAUUAGAGUAAACCAGCUGGAAAUUAAAGUUUUGGAGCCUCUAUAUUGCAUAUGAAACUUUGACUCUGGUCUAUGUUUGACAGUUGUAAUAUUUUAAUGAUUUUUCUUCAUAUUCAGUUAAUGGAACAUGAACAUAUCUUUGAUCAUUUUUUGUGAGUGAGAUAAUGUUAGAUAGAAUGGCUUUGUUCUUUUGUUUACAGAUUUUUUUCUGAAUGUAGUUAAUUUAUGAGAUCUGUUGAAUAAAACUUUAGCAAAAUGACCUCCUAAAAAUGUUCUCUAGUAUCCCCUUUUCCAGAUGAAUCAAUUGAAAUGCCUGAUUGAAUUUGUAGAUUAAACUAAAUAGUAUACUGUCGUAGGAAAGGACAACUUAACCAACUUGCUUGUAGAAAUGUGACUUAAAAAAAAAAAAACCAGUGCUUAAAAGAAAGUACAAUUUUAAAUAUUUUCUCUAGCUUAAAGAACACAUUUUUUAAAAAUAAGAUCAUAGCAUUCUAAUUAACUUUGAAAGUUCAUUUGCACCAGAAAAUUUAUAAAAAUGUAAACAAAAAAAUUCAUCUAUUUAUUUUUUCAGUUUUAAUGGGAAAUUUAAAUUGUUGUAGUUGAUAUUAUGUGAACUAAACUUUCAUGUUGAUUUUUUUUUUUCCUCCCUUACUGUCAGCUUUAAAGGGAUAGACAAAGUUAUCAAGUUAAGGGAUAUCAUAAACCAUACAUCAAAUCACACGUGGCUUUUGGACAGUGUUAUAUUUCAUUUGCAUUGCUGCAUUCCAUUACAUUUCAUAAAAUGUUGGGAGAAAUGUGUUUGAUAAAAUAAAAUUUUCAAGCAAC